CGUAUAGUUACAUGUUGUCGCCACGAGGCCGCGCUUACUCUUAGAAUUGCUCAGUUUGUUAAUGGGAAUGAUCAAUCUUUUUGAAAAAUAAUAACAUAAACAACUGUACAAGAAGUUUACGAUCGUAUAUCAACGUCGAGACUGAAUUAUGUACACGUGGAAACUAUUGGGUAAUGUUCUCCGACGUUUCGACGCCAAUUAUAGUCAUAACGGUGGUAGGUUAGCGUUUGUCAAGCAUCGUGUUCUUACCUAUGACAAAUUCGGUUCUUACCGCAAAGAAGUAAACCAGUGGUUUCGGGAGCAGGGUAAGCAAGUUGCCCAAGCCUGUAGGAGGCAAUUCGAGUUCAUAACAGCGCAGAGGAUCAGAAGGAAUGUGCAAAUAUUUUACCUUUACACAAGGAUAUGGGAUGAGGUAGCAUUGAGAGAGUUCAUAAAGUCCUGGAGAUUGAGAGUCACCAGGAAUUUUCUGUUGAGCACAGUUGCCGUAACUAUGUAUAAUUGGGAUCAUGACAGAAUUACAGAUGAAGAACUUAACAAAUACAUUCAUGAAAUUGAAAGGAUUCAUAGAUUAAGAGACUGUACAGUGGUAUGUGCAAAAUGUCACUUGCGAAUUAUUGUUGAUGUUAUACAGGCCAAUGUGAAGUAUUGUAAAUGUAAUGGAGUUCAGUCUACUACUUCUAGUCAGAAUACAGAUGGCUGGUUGCCUUAUAUUGAACGUCAAGAUAUGCUGAUAUGGAGACGGCAAGAAACUGGAGGAUUAUAUGCAUACAAAGUGUAUGGCUCGUUUUCUGAUGUUACUGCUGAAGACUUCUUACAAGCACAAGUAGAUGUUGAUUAUAGAUUAGAGUGGGAUUCUACUGCUAAGGAAUUAGAAAUUAUUGAAACCGAUCCAAAGUCAAAAUCAUCUGAUCAGAGUAAUGAUAUUAUUCACUGGGAGAUGCUCUGGCCUAGAUUCUUUUCGAAUAGAGAUUACGUGUUUCAACGACGGUGGAUUGUGAAUAGAGAAAAGGGGAUCAUAAUUAUUGUCAGCAGAGUAACAGAACAUCCUAAUGUACCUAUCAUACGUGGAAUUCACAGGGUUAAGUCAUAUUGGUCGUACAUGGUGAUAAGACCUUGCACAGAAUUCAGUAAACCAGGCAUUGAAUUCGGACUCACUUACUUCGACGAUCCUGGUGUAUCUAUACCGUCCCCUUUUACCUCAUGGGUAGCAUUGAGAGGUUUAUUCUUUUGUAAUAGGUUACCUGACUUCCUGACACGCAUGCGGAAUGCCUCGAAAAAUUAUCAAAAAUACAAAGCAACGAAACAAAGAGAAGUUAUAUUUAAUAAUGAUAAUUAUCCAUUACCUGAAGAGCAGGUCAAAUCAGACACUUCUGCUAACAGUACUAACGAGUUAGAGAUAAUACACAAUGUACAGCAGGAAAGUGAUAUAGUAGAAAAUGGAAAUAGAGACACCGCUUCUAAUUCUUCAGACGAAAAACAAGGUUUACAUUACUUUUAUCUUACGAAAUUAUUUGCCUGACACGAGUAUUUCACAAUUGAUUUAAGAAAGUAACUUUUCACUAGUAGAUAAUUUAACGUGACCUCAUAUGGGGAGAAUAAUAUAAUCCGAUCUCUGCUACCGAAAAUGUAAAAACGUAGUACACCGAUAAAUGCGUGGAUGAUGAUAUUGCGGAAUAACUGGUGCUUCAUUAACAUAUAUAUUAGGUAAACGGUAUAUGCUUUCACAGUCAUCAAAACGAAAUCGUGAUUAUAACAAAUCUUGCAUUUUCCUUCCAAACAUUGGUUCUCAUCUUUUACGAAAAUAGGAAACAAAAGGAAUUCGCCGAUCGAAAAAUAUACUAAGCGUGUAGCAAGACUGAUUAGUUUUAUUCAUUGUAAUCCGUUUGUUCGUUGAAAAUAUAUAUCGUACAGAUGGCUAAUUAAAAGUUGCAACACUUUUUCUCAGAAAGUUUCGUAACGCAUCUUAAUAUCCAAUAGGAUUUUUUUUAGUAAUUUUUAGAAGAUAGAUUUUCCUAUUGUGCAUGGAAUGAAUUGCGAAAUUCAAGGUAAAAGUGUCGCAAUUUUUAAUCCGCGGACUACACAAAGUAAUGAACAAAAGAAUGUAAUCUGUUAAAUUGUGUAAACAAAGCUGAUUCGAUAUUUAUGGACUUAUGAUAUACAUAGAUUUAUAUAUAAUAAAGUGAGUUAAUUGUA